AUGUGCCUUGGUGAGAUCAGGGAUGUUGUCUUUGCUUGCAAGCCAAAACAACUGCUAUUCAUUGCUUUACACCACAGGGCUCUGGGCACCAACCCUUUGCACUGUGACUGCAACCUCCGCUGGCUUUCUGAGUGGGUGAAGGCUGGGUACAAGGAGCCGGGGAUAGCCCGCUGCAGCGGGCCCGAUGCCAUGGUGGACAGGCUGCUGCUCACAACACCGACACACCACUUCCAGUGCAAAGAGCCGGUGGAUAUCAGUGUUGUGUCCAAGUGUAAUCCCUGCCUCUCCAACCCAUGUAAGAACAAUGGGACAUGCAACAAUGAUCCACUGGAGAUUUAUCAAUGCACUUGCCCUUUUGGCUUCAAGGGUCGUGACUGCAGCGUGCCCAUUAAUUCUUGUAUCCAAAAUCCAUGUCAGAAUGGAGGGACCUGCCACCUCACCGAGGCAAAUAAAGAUGGAUUCAGCUGUUCUUGUCUCCUUGGGUAUGAGGGGGAGAGGUGUGAAAUAAACCCAGAUGACUGCGAGGAUAAUGACUGUGAGAAUAACUCUACAUGUGUGGAUGGGAUCAACAACUAUGUCUGUCUCUGCCCUCCUAAUUACACAGGUGAGCUGUGUGAUGAGGUGAUUAACCACUGUGUUCCUGAUCUGAAUCCAUGCCAACAUGAGUCCAAAUGCCUUCCCCUUGACAAAGGAACCAGAUGCGAGUGCUUGCCGGGCUACAGCGGGAAACACUGCGAAAUUGAUGAUGAUGACUGUGUGGGCCACAAGUGUCACCAUGGAGCUGUCUGCGUAGAUGCAGUCAAUGGCUACACCUGCGUCUGUCCUCAGGGCUUCAGUGGGCUCUUCUGUGAAACUCCUCCGCCAAUGGUCCUGCUGCAGACGAGCCCGUGUGACAACUACGAGUGCCAGAACGGGGCGCAGUGCAUCGUCGUGCACCACGAGCCCGUCUGCCGCUGCCUCGCUGGCUUCGCAGGCCAGAAGUGCGAGAAGCUCAUCACCGUCAACUUCGUGGGGAAGGAUUCCUACGUGGAGCUGCCGCCAGCCAAAAUCCGCCCUCAGGCAAACAUCUCCCUCCAGGUAGCAACGGACAAGGACAAUGGCAUCUUAUUAUACAAAGGAGACAACGAUCCUUUGGCUCUGGAGUUGUACCAAGGACAUGUGAGGCUCAUCUACGACACACUUAAUUCUCCACCUACCACAGUAUACAG